UACAAACUCAAAAACCACUGCCAACUGAAUAGAAUUUGAGAAUCGAGUGGCUAGAUUCCUAUUAAUUGCACUCUAUUGAACAUCAUACAGAAAGAAUAAGAAUCGAGCGCGAGGAAAUCAAUUGGCUUAUACUAGCUCGAGAAAAAAAUUGGAUAUUGGAUAUCGUAUGCUGAGUCUCAAAGCGGUAAACUGAAGGCUUCGUUACUAAUGUCUAGCAUCUCAACUUCCUCCCAAAAUAAUCCCUGUACUUCUGAUAUGGAGAGUGUUUACAAAUGGGUUGCUUCACUAACAAAUGUGGAAACUCGAGAAAGUGCGCUGCUCGAAUUGUGUAAAAAAAGAGAGUCAGUCCCUGAACUUGCUCCACUUCUUUGGCAUUCCUGUGGUUCCAUAGCUGCGUUGCUGCAGGAAAUAUGUGCUAUUUAUCCUUACAUCAAUCCGCCAAAUUUGAGUGCACAUCAAUCUAAUCGCGUAUGCAACGCAUUAGCUCUUCUGCAAUGUUUGGCUUCCCAUCCGGAAACCAGAAAUGAAUUUUUGAAAGCUAACAUACCUCUUUAUUUGUAUACUUUUUUAAAUACAAAUAAUAGAACACGCCCAUUUGAAUAUCUGAGAUUAACCAGCCUAGGGGUGAUUGGCGCACUUGUUAAGACUGAUGAGCCAGAAGUUAUAGCCUUCUUACUUGGUUCAGAAAUUAUACCUCUUUGUUUAGUAAUUAUGGAAUCAGGAAGUGAACUGAGCAAGACUGUAGCUACUUUCAUUAUGCAGAAGCUGUUGUUGGAUGAAGUAGGCCUAGCGUAUAUUUGUCAGACUUAUGAACGAUUUGCACACGUAGCUACUGUUUUGGACAAAAUGGUGAUCCAUCUAGCCAGGGAGCAGUCGUUACGUCUAUUAAAACAUGUAAUCCGAUGUUACUUACGUCUUUCUGAUGAUUCACGAGCUCGUGAUGCACUUCGAACGUGUUUGCCCCAACAGCUUGUAGAUGGAACAUUCAGCAGUUUGCUGGAAAAUGAUGUAGCUACUAGACGAUGGCUUACACAACUAAUUCGCCAGCUAUCUGUUCGUGCAGUUGGUUCUGUAGCUACAUCUAAUACCACUGCUUCUAGUGUUAGCUCGGUUGACGUCACUUCACUCAAUACUACGAAUGCAAUUCGAACUGCCCUGCUAACUAGUACAACUACUUCAGCAGUAACUACGGUAUCUACUGUAGGUUCUGGACCAUCAGUUUCAAGUGUUACAGGUGUACCGGGUAGCACAUCAGGUGCUCAAGUGUCCACAUCCGGUCCUGUGUCAUCCAGUUCAGCGUUUGAUCCAGUAGCAUCUUCAAGUAGCUGAAACAACGACUGACUAACAUCCUCUUUAAACAGCCUUGCGUGUUUCACUUUAGAUUUGCUUAGUUUUAUAAAUGUACAUAAUUAUUUCUGAUUUUCCUUCAGUCAAAACCUUUUUAUUCCUAUUUCCUUGGUUGGUUUUGACUCAGUGUAAAACCCUUGUUCAGAAAAUGGUCAAUCACCUGCCGAAAACGCUUUCUUGCAUUUUAACAAGUUUUUUUAUUUCACGUAUGAGUAUUUUGGAAGUGGUGUUUUACUUCUUGGUUAUUCUGAUGCGGUUAUGGACAUCAUGUUCAGGUUUAUUUUUCAAGUGUAAACCGCGUAUAAACUUUGAAAACAGUCGUGAAUAUACAAUAAUUUUACUUU